CACUGCCAAAUUUGAUAAUGACGAUUAUGAUACUCCACUUCAUCUUGCUGUUAUAAAUGAUGACAUAGAAAUUGUUAAGAUGCUUCUAGACAGACAUGCUGCCGUUAAUUCUUCAAAUAGAUAUAACACCGUUGCGUCUCGCUGUUCACACAGGAUUUGUAGAUGGUUUUAAGAUGUUUAUGGACCGAGUUUUUGAUGUUAAUAUUGAAAAUUGGUGUGGCAGAACUUUGCUACACGAUGCGAUGGAAUGUGGCGAAAUAGAGAUUACCGAUAUACUUUUAAAUUAUGGAGCUAACGUCGAUGCCCGUGAUAUAGACGGUUUUACACCACUGUUUCAUGCUGUUCUAAACGGACAUGUAGAUGGUGUUACCAUGCUUAUUGAACGAGGUGCUAACGUGAAUGCUGAGACUCUAGAUGGAACAACUCCAAUUCACGAAGCGGCUAAAUAUGCGAAAAUUGAGAUUGUAGAAGUACUUUUAAAUCGUGGAGCUGACGUUAAUGCCUAUGAUAACUACGGUCAUACACCACUGUAUUAUGCUGUUCUAGAAAAACAUGUAAAUAGAGUUAAGAUGCUUAUCGACGGAGGUGCAAAUGUUAAUGCUGAAAUUCGGUAUGGCACAACUCCUCUUUAUGAUGCGAUUGAAUAUGAGGAUUUGGAGAUUGCUGAAAUAUUAUUACAUCAUGGCGCUAACGUUAAUGCCCGUGAUUCCUACGGCAUUACACCACUGUAUCAUGCUGCUCGAAGUGGACGUGUAGAUGGUGUUAAGAUGCUUAUUGAAAGAGGUGCUAUCGUCACUGCUGAAACUGGAAAUGGCACUACUCCACUUCACGAUGCGAUUGCAGUCGGGACGGAAAGUGCUGAAUUACUUUUACAUCACGGUGCUAACGUUAACGCCAGUGAUACAUACGGUGUUACACCACUGUAUCGUGCUAUUGAAAAUGGACAUGUAGAUGGUGUUAAGAUGCUUAUUAACAAAGGUGCUGACGUCACUGUUGAAACUCGAGAUGGCACAACUCCGCUUCAUUAUGCAAUUAUAUAUGAUGAAAUGGAAAUUGCGGAGUUACUUUUACAUCACGGAGCUAAGGUCAACAACAGUGAUAUAUACGGUGAUACACCACUACUCCAUGCUGUUAAAAAAGGACAUGAAAAAUUUCUUGCCACGUUUUUUCCCAGAUGUAAUAAUGUUAGAGCUAAUAUUCGGUAUGACAAAACUUCGCUUCGUAAUGCUACUGAAUAUAUGGGAUUAGAAAUUGCCGAACUCCUCCUAAAUCAUGGAGCUACUAUUAACGCCAGUAACGAUAACGAUGUUGCAUUACUGUGGUUUGCUGUUCACAGAGGAGAUGUAGAUAUUGUUAAGAUGCUUUUAGACAGUGGUGCAAAUGUUGAUGCUAAAACUUGGUACGGCACAACUCCGCUACACGACGCGGUUGAAUAUGAGGAAUUGGAAAUUGCACAGUUACUUUUAAAUUAUGGAGCAAACGUUACUGCCAGUGAUAAGACAGAUGUUACACCACUACAUCUUGCUGUUACAAAAGGACAUAAACAAUUUGUUAGGUUGUUUCUUGAUAGUGGCGCUAACUGUAAUGCUAAAACUCGGGAUGGCACAUCCCCGCUUCACCAUUCGAUUGAAUAUGAGGAAAUGGAGAUUGCAGACUUACUUUUACAUCACGGCGCUAACGUAAAUGCCACCGAUAAUUUAGGUGUUACACCACUACAUUUUGCUGUUACAAAAGGACAUAAACAAUUUGUUAAGAUGCUUAUUGACAAACGUGCUUACGUCGAUGCUGAAACUCGAGACGGCACAACUCCGCUCCACAAUGCGAUUGAAUAUGAGCAAAUGGAGAUUGCUGAAUUACUUUUAAAUCAUGGAGCUAAUGUUAAUUCCAGUAAUGAGUCAGGUGAAACACCACUGUUUCUCGCUGUUAAAACAGGAUAUGUAGAUGGUGUUAAGAUGCUUUUGGUCAGAGGUGCCGAUGUCAAUGCUGAAAUUCCGGAUGGCACAACGUUGCUUCACUAUGCAGUUCUAUAUGAGAAAAUGGAGAUAGCGGAAUUACUUUUAACUGAUCAUGGAGCUAACGUUACUGCUAGUAACGAUGAAGGUGUUACACCACUGUGUCUUGCUGUUGCAAACGGACAUAAACAAUUUGUCCAGAUGUUUCUUGACAGUGGUGCUAACGUUAACGCUGAAACUCGAGAUGGCACUACUUUUCUUCAUACUGCAAUUGAAUAUGAGAAAAUGGAGAUUGCAGAAUUACUUUUAAAUAACGGAGCUAACGUUACCGCUAGUAACGAUUACGGUGUUACACCACUAUUUGUUGCUAUUACAAAUGGACAUGUAGAUUGUGUUAACAUGCUGUUGGAAAGAGGUGCCAACGUUAAUGGUGAAACUGGAGAGAGCACAACUCCGUUAAACAAUGCUAUUGAAAAUGGGAAAACGGAGAUUGCUGAAGUACUUUUAAAUCAUGGAGCUAACGUUAAUGCCAGUGAUAAGUCAGGUGUUACACCACUGUGUCUUGCUGUUGAAAAAGAAAAUGUAGUAGCUGUUGCGAUGUUGUUAGACAGAGGUGCGGAUAUUAAUGCUAUAUCAUAUAACGAUUAUUCUGACUUUUCUCGUCGCAUCUAUUAUGAAGAAAUUGCUGAUUUUCUUACGCAGCAUAUAGUUAAGAUAAAAGCUGCAAAUUUAUUCGUAAGUGAACAAUUAUUAUCAAUGUGCAGCAAUUAUGAAAUAAGAGAUUUACAGGAUGAAUGUGAAACAGAAGUAGCAAUCAUGAAGAAUGAGAAAAUUAGUAAUACUACUAUAUCAUUUUACAAUAUCUUGAUAAAAGAUACAAAUCGAGUAGCAAUAUACAUGAGAAAUGAACUUGUAGUGCAGGUUUUAAGAUCAGACGAGUAUAAAAUAAAAUUUCCAAUAUACUCUAGCAUGAUAAAAAAUCAGUUCAGAAAAGGUAUGGAAAGAAAAGAGUUGCUCGAACAAGGCACUAUAAGUUUUUAUUUUUUCUGUAACUUUCCUGUGCUACCACUUGAGUGUAUUGAAAAAAUAAUUAGUUUCUUAAGUAAUAAUGACAUAAAAAUAUUAAUAGAUACUUGUAAAUUUGUUAGUGUCAGUAAUCUUAAUAACUGAUAUUAAUAGAGUACUGGAUACCGACUAUGUAAACCGACGUUCUUUAAUCAGAUUCUGUGUCGUAUUUACUGCAUCAAAUCCAAAAUGCUUCUCNAGAAAUAAUUAAAUUGUGCUAAGAAAUGGCUGUUGUGCUUUGGAAUGUCAAAAUUCAUCACAAAUUUUUUCGCUUUUAAUGUCAUACAGUAAAUAAAAUUAGAAAAAUAAAGAAUUUUAUGUUAUAAAAACGUCGGUUUCCAGGUCGCUUUAGUCGGUAUCCAGUAUCCUCUUAUAGCCAAUUAUUUCACUUCUAGCGGCCGAUUUCUUCGUACCUCUCGAUAGCUAUCCUCUGGAUAAAUUCUUCUGAUAACCAAUAAGGAGAACCAAUUUUGGGAGAUAUCUU